UUGUUGUACAUAGAGCCGGUUUAGUGUCGUCAAUGGGAAGCACACGAGACGGUGGCAAAGCGAGUUACGGUCUAGAUUGAAAUCCGCGGCUGCACCAUGCUCUCCAGGUCUAUCCCGUGUCUGUGGAUUACAUUUUGCCUUCAUUUAUGCUGUUAUGUAGACAGCGGAGAAGCACAGAAUGCGAAAGAAGUGAUUCUGCUGGACUCCAAGGCACAGCAGACAGAACUGGAGUGGAUCUCCUAUCCUCCCAAUGGGUGGGAAGAGAUCAGCGGCUUGGAUGAGAACUACACACCCAUUCGCACAUACCAGGUUUGUCAAGUCAUGGAGCCCAAUCAGAAUAACUGGCUUCGGACUAACUGGAUAGAGAAGGGCAAUGCCCAGAGAAUUUUUGUGGAACUGAAGUUCACCUUGAGGGAUUGUAACAGUCUACCUGGUGUGGUGGGCACAUGCAAGGAGACGUUCAACCUGUAUUACCAGGAAACAGAUUCGGAGGUGGGAAGGAGCUUACGGGAGAACCAGUACGUGAAAAUUGACACGAUCGCCGCAGAUGAAAGCUUCACCCAGGGCGACCUGGGCGAGAGGAAGAUGAAGCUGAAUACAGAAGUGCGCAUAAUUGGCCCCCUGUCCAGGCGGGGCUUCUACCUGGCCUUCCAGGAUGUCGGGGCGUGUAUCGCCCUGGUCUCUGUCAAAGUUUAUUACAAGAAGUGUUGGUCUAUCAUCGAGAACCUGGCCACGUUCCCCGACACCGUGACGGGAUCGGAGUUCUCCUCGCUGGUGGAGGUCGAGGGCAUGUGCGUGAGCGACGCCGAGGAGGAGGCCGACAACUCUCCCAAGAUGCACUGCAGCGCCGAAGGGGAAUGGCUUGUGCCAAUUGGGAAAUGUAUAUGCAAAGCUGGAUUUCAUCAGAAAGGAGAUGCGUGUGAACCGUGCGGUCGUGGUUUCUACAAGUCUUCCUCCCAGGACCUUCAGUGCUCUCGCUGUCCGGCGCACAGCUUCAACGACCGCGAGGGCUCCUGGCGCUGCGACUGCGAGGACGGCUACUACCGAGCCAUCUCUGACCCUCCAUCUGUGGCCUGCACGAGACCUCCCUCUGCGCCACAGAACCUGGUCUACAACAUCAACCAGACCACUGUUAGCCUGGAGUGGAGCCCGCCGGCCGACACGGGCGGGCGCAACGACGUCACCUACAGGGUUAUAUGCCGUCGCUGCAGCUGGGAACCCGAGGAGUGUGUUCCAUGUGGGCCGAAUGUGGGAUUCUCUCCCGCACAGUCAGGAUUAGUGGACACAUAUGUGACCAUAAUGGACCUGCUCGCCCACGCCAACUACACUUUUGAGGUGGAGGCUGUCAACGGGGUGUCAGACCUGAGCCGCACCCAGAGGCUGUUUGCAGCAGUUAGCAUCGCUACCGGUCAAGCAGCUCCGUCCCAGGUCAGCGAGGUCAUCAAGGAGAAGGUGCAGCAGCGCAGCAUCCAGCUCUCCUGGCAGGAGCCCCAGCAACCCAACGGCGUCAUCACGGAAUAUGAAAUCAAAUACUACGAAAAAGAUCAGAAGGACCGGGUCUACUCCACGGUGAGGUCCAAGUCCACAUCUGCCACAGUGAACAACCUGAAGCCCAGCACGGCCUACGUGUUCCAGAUCAGGGCCUUCACAGAGGCAGGAUACGGCACCUACGGCCCCAGACUGGAGAUAACCACCAAGGAAGAGGCCACAGCCGCGAUUGUCUCCAGCGAGCAGAACCCCGUCAUCAUCAUAGCGGUGGUGGCCGUGGCGGGGACCAUCAUCCUGGUGUUCAUGGUGUUCGGCUUCAUCAUCGGGAGAAGGUACGCUCUCGCGGGCCCCAUUGACUCUCCGCUCCUGCACUGCGGGUACAGCAAAGCUGAUCAGGAGGGAGACGAGGAACUCUACUUCCAGUUCAAAUUUCCAGGCACCAAAACCUACAUUGACCCUGAAACCUACGAGGACCCAAACAGGGCUGUCCAUCAAUUUGCCAAGGAGCUGGACGCCUCCUGCAUUAAAAUUGAACGAGUUAUUGGAGCAGGAGAGUUUGGGGAGGUGUGCAGCGGCCGGCUCAAGCUCCCCGGAAAGCGGGACGUGUCGGUUGCCAUCAAAACAUUAAAAGUGGGCUACACAGAGAAGCAGAGGAGGGACUUCCUGUGCGAGGCCAGUAUUAUGGGACAGUUUGACCAUCCGAAUGUUGUUCAUCUGGAGGGAGUCGUAACAAGAGGUAAACCGGUGAUGAUUGUCAUCGAGUACAUGGAGAACGGCUCAUUAGAUGGUUUCCUCAGGAAACACGACGGUCAGUUCACAGUCAUCCAGUUGGUGGGGAUGCUGCGGGGCAUCGCGGCAGGAAUGAGAUAUCUCUCCGAUAUGGGAUACGUCCAUCGAGAUCUGGCCGCACGAAACAUCCUUGUCAACAGCAAUCUCGUAUGUAAAGUGUCUGACUUCGGCCUGUCAAGGGUGAUCGACGACGAUCCCGAGGCUGUCUACACAACAACUGGGAAGAUGCAGGAUGUAAUGAAUUUGAUCUUUACUCCAGCCACUGACCUGCAUUUUACUGAACAGGGCGGCAAAAUACCCGUCCGAUGGACCGCCCCAGAAGCCAUACAGUAUCGUAAAUUCACCUCUGCAAGUGACGUGUGGAGUUAUGGCAUUGUCAUGUGGGAGGUCAUGUCCUAUGGGGAACGGCCCUACUGGGAUAUGUCCAAUCAAGACGUCAUAAAGGCGAUAGAGGAGGGCUACCGUCUUCCAGCCCCAAUGGACUGUCCACCUGGCCUGCAUCAGCUAAUGCUGGACUGCUGGCAGAAAGACAGAGCCGAACGUCCCAAAUUCGAUCAGAUAGUCGGUAUCCUUGAUAAGAUGAUCCGCAACCCUAACACGUUGAAAACCCCAGUUGGAACAUGUACAAGACCAAUUAGUCCACUGUUAGAUCAGAGCACACCAGACUUCACCGCUUUCCGCUCAGUGGGAGAGUGGCUGGAAGCCAUCAAGAUGGAACGAUACAGAGACAACUUCACAGCAGCUGGCUACAGUUCCCUGGAAUCUGUGGCCAGGAUGUCAAUCGAGGACGUGAUGAGCUUGGGGAUCACGCUGGUGGGCCAUCAGAAAAAGAUCAUGAGCAGCAUACAGACUAUGAGAGCCCAGAUGCUGCAUCUCCACGGCACGGGCGUCCAGGUGUGACGAACCGCGACGGGCCGCAUCGGGCAGGGCAAAAAAACACAAAAACAGAACUUAUCCGGAGCAGUGCCUGGGACGUAACCGGGAUAAUCGUCAAAGUAAACGGACGUCUGUUAUGUCUGACUCUUCCGGCUGUGUCUGGAGUGAAAUCAUUCCUUUGUUCCUCAAUGAAGGAUUGUGGUCUGCCUCUUCAAAGGGCACUAAAGAGAGGAAAAGGGCAAAAAAACAGCAACAAAAAAAGAAACUACCUGGACGAGAUGACUUACUUUUUUCUUCUUCUUCUUCUUCUUUUUUUGUUUUGAUUUUAUAGAAGCGCUUAUGAACUCAACCACAUAUCAAAAGGCGCAUUGAACAGGAGUUUCUUUAACUUAAUGAAUGAUUUAAAGUGCACACCACAGCUAUGGAUUUCCUUUAAAAAGAACAAAACCUGUCUACUUGCGGUGGUUUCACUUGUUCCUUUUUUUCUUAUUUGUUAAUUUUCUUCCUGUCCGCCACAGUGACAUGUUGUGGCCCAUGCAGCAGUUUUUUUCCCUCUUCUACUUGGACUUGACAACAGGGUAAACUCUCUUUUAUCCAAACGCGGAGGGAACUUUUUAGGCUCAAAGGUACUUUUUGUGCUGACACAUGCUGGACUGUGUGAACUGUUUGCAGUGUUUUCCUUCAUGUGCUGUUGAAGUGAAAAUCCUCACGUGCUUGUUUGCGACCUACAGAAGUGACGUGGUUUCAACCUUUUUUUUUAUAUUAAGGAAUUUUCUGAAGAGUGCAACACUGAGGAGAUGCAGGAGGCGAAUUGUUCUUCGAAUCAAAAGACUUUUAUAUCAGAGUAGCAAUAUCCUUUGUCUUAGUGUUCACUACAGAAGACGCAGAACAGUUACUGGGUUAUUGAGUAGAAUGUUGCAGCACUGUUGAAAGAUGAAAUUGAAGCCACCGCAAAUUGUUUUGCCAUCAUUUUGCCUAAAAUGUUGCACACAGUGUUUGUUUUUGUUUUCAGCUGCAAAUACAAUUUUUUAAGGGUGGAUCCGAGAUGUAAUACUGCCUUAAAAUGUGUUUAGUAUUGCCAGUAUUUUAGGCACUUCAAUGGCAAUGCUUUCUGCGUUCAUUUAAAGGGUGGACAAGCUCCCUAUUUGUUUGUUUUCCUUGUAGUGUGAUGUCUUUUUAUCUGGAACUUGAACUGGUAAAAUCAAGUGCACGGUUUAAUGCCACGAGUGACACGGUCGGCGGAGAAGAGACGGACUUAACAGAGCAAUAAUAACCAGGUAGAAAUGGUCCUCACCUGAGAUUCUUAAGGUGCUAGGUUUUAUCGCAUGUGUGUGCUGUGCUGAGACAAACCCUUUGGAACGAUUCAGUCACCGCCGGGAAAUGAAAAAGGAAUGUACCUCUUUGACCUAAAAACGGUUUUGAAAAGCGCUCGGAAAAACUGCCGUGCCAAGUCAUCAAAUGAAAUAAUCAUGUCAUAUUUUUGCCGCUAUGAUAUGCUAAACGUUUGAUGGGAAUCUAACAUGGCAUGGAAAUGUUGAACUGAGUGGCUGCGGAGAUGAAAGAGGCGCCAUUCGAAACACUAGAAAGGUGCCAAUUAGCCACGCUGACAUCAUCUUCCGACACCCGACGCGCCGUCCAGAAAUCAAAGAACCCCUUCAGGGUUCGGGGUCUGAAAACGCAGGACCAAACGAUGGAGCUCGAGUCAGACGCAGAUCGUGCUGUUAAAUCCCACCGUCCCGGCUCUGUAGGCAGCCAUGCAGCUCCCCUUGUUUAUUCAUGCGUCUCCGCCGCUCAUCCCUUCACAGGCGUAGAUGUGACGGAACAUGCAUUAAAGUGUCUCUUAAGAUUGCUCCUCUUUUCUUCCAUACGGCUUUGUAUGGAGAACAGAGACGAGGGGGCUUUGCAGAAGACGUGCUAAAAGCCAAUCAACCUAUUCGGUGCCAUCUGUCUCCACUUCAAAUGCAAAAAGAAAAAAAAAAAAUAGAAAAAAAAGUUUCCAUGUUGAGUAUGUUUUAGUGCAGUAUUCUUUGAUAAGAAAAUGCAGUUAUUCAGCUGUCAUGUAGAGGAGCGCUGUUCAUAGGGGAAAACCAUUACAACCAUAUCUUUUACUGCUGCUGUAACCUGAGAUAAAUCUAUAUUUUCAAAGAUACAGUCUUUCAACUGUUUUCGUCUCAAAUGCAAAGAAAAAAAGCAUCAGGAAUCAUCAACCUUAGGCUCACUGACAAGCUGUAAAACCAUUACUAGCUUUGUUCCUUCUCUCCAUUAUCUCUCAAACUGCAUCCACGCUAAGCCAGCCACAUUUGAAAACAACUUUUUCUCUCCGUCUUGGCCCUAUGUCCAGACUCAUCUGGUGUGGAGCCUUUAGAAAAGGUUCUCCAGGGUGGAUAAAUCUGAAAGGGAGGGGAAACAAGGACAAUGUAAGCCUGCCUAGACACUAUUGAGGAAAGUCUGUCACCUGUAAAGAGGGUAGCUUUAAUCCUAAAACGGAUGUGGGCAGCAGACAUUCACAACUGCAAAGGGGGGAUGUGUUCGAGUUCAUCCUGUCUGCACACAUAGUCUGCACAGUUAAACAUACUGGGCUUGACCUCAUGCAAAAUCCUCUCUGGGGUCAAGGGUUUUAAAUGUUAGUGUAGCUGAAUACACAAUACAGGUGUUCUCAUUCUCUCUGUUUAUUUUUCCUGAUCAUUCAAAAAUGACUGAGGAUGAAAUUAAAAACUAUUUUCAUUAUCAAGUCCUCUUCCAGUUAUUUUCCCAAGUAAUCCAUUGGUCUAUAAAAUAGUAAAAACUGCUCAUCACAUUUUGUGAAUGCCCGGUUUACAUCCUCAGAUGCCUUGUUUUGUCCAACUAACUGUCCGAAAUCCAGAGAUAUUCAGUUAACUAACAGAGAGGACUGCAAAAUCCAGCAAUGUGGACAUUCAACCUUUGAAUUUUUUUGUCCAAAAAAUAAUUCAAACUGUUAGUCACUUGUAUAUUUUUCUGUUGAUUAAUUCAUCAACUAAUUAAUUGAGCUCUAGAUUUCAUCGGCACAGUUGCCUUUAUAAUGACUGUUUUACAGGUAAUUAUGAGCUGCAAUUUAAUUACUAAUUAAAAUAAGUUACAUUGUCUGACAACAGAAACAGAAAAAACUGAAAGAGGACUAGCUGUUGACUUUGGCUGUAUUAAAGGAACACUCAAUCCCCAAAAUGAUCUUUUGUAUGUCAAUUACUCACCCUAUGUUACCUUAAAGUAGCGGAGAAAACGUUGUUUUCUUGACAUGCCUCCACAAUGAACGAAGAAUCCAAAAACAAAGAAAAUUCUUGAUCAGUUGAAGUAAAUGGGGGCCGUGUUUUUACAACAGCAAAACUAUAUCAAAACAUCUGUUUACAAACUCUUUUCAAUGAAAUGCACAAGCAGAGUUCAAAGGCAUGUGCCUACCAAGGUGCACUACUCGUGCACGGCUGAAGCUGGAAGGAAGUGUUUUAAAUAGUAAAGCUUUAGGGAAAAUACAUGUGUUUGAGAAUUACUGAGCAUACGACUACAAAAAUAAAACUUGAAUUAUACUACACCAGUUUUGUUGGAGUUUGUAAAUGAAUGUUUUGGUAUAGUUUUGCUGUUGUUAAAGGCGGCCCCCAUUCACUUAAAUUCAUUAAGAAUUUUCUCAGUAUUUGGAUUCUCCAUUCACGGUGGAGACGUGCGAGAAAAUCAAAGUUUUCUCCAUGAAUUCAGGGUAACACAGAGUGAGUAAUUGAUACACAGCAAAUAAUAUAUGGGGUGAAGUAUUCCUUUAAACACUGUAUACCAGGAGGUUUGCCCAGUUUGUGCAGCUGAUUUACCAGAUUUUAGCUUUAAUACUGAAUUUCACCAAAAGAUGACUACAUGUCCUGUUUCCCAUUUGUCCAGGUGCUUUGUAAGGGCAGAGAUGUUAACAAAAAUUUCCUGAACAAGCUUGUGUGGAUGCAUGUCGUUUUUACAUGUGUUUUCAGAAUGAUUCGGCUUAGCUUGGAUGCGUGCAUUGAUCCAUUUUCACUGUGGGACUCACCUUUGUGAGGAGACACCAGGAAUUAGCCCUGACCAGCUCUGAGCCCCUGUGUCACACACACCCUCCCUUUAUCCAUACAGCAGAGCUCAGCAAUUGGGCCUUGGCCAGACCUUUGAAUUGAAUACUGGCAUAAAGUCAUUCAGUCAGCACAAAACUCCCCAGUUCACAGGCAGCACUCUCUCUCACCCCCUCCACCCCCCUGCUCUGAUUUUAAAACCAGGGCCCCUGGAGGCCCCUCACACCCCAGGGUAGAAUGCCUCAGUCCCCUUUUUUCCUGUGCUGGGGAAACAGCAGUUUGAGCCAAAUUGAGAUUACGGCCAGGAUACAAUAGAUUCAGCGUCCAAAUCACCUGUAACCUUCACCAUCAAGUCACUUUACGGUCUGUUUCAGCUCGAUUCAUCCACAUUUAAACUUCAGGUUGCUCAACUCUGGACAAGAAAAGAUUUGUUGUGGCUCUGUUUCAGCAAAAAUAUAAAAAGAGUAUAAAAUUUAAAAAGGAAAAAAAAAACAUGCAGGAUGUAGAGGGUUGGUUGGAAUCAGGAAUAGCAGAUAGAGUAUGACGUUAUUUUUCAAAUCUUGUGGUUCAGCAGUUGGAAAUUAGUUUCACCGCUUUGGCGAGGUGAUGGAUAAUUCCAAAGAGUGCAGCACUGUUGAUUGUGUCAGAGAGAGACGAGACUUUGAGGGAAUCUUUGUAUAUGUUCUAAUUGUAAAACUUGUACAUUUUAUUUAUAUUGUUUUUUACACAUAUUACUCAGUAGAGAGCUCUGAAUACAUUGAAAAUGCACUAUAUUUUUCUAUCUCGCAGAUGAAUUAUUGUCACCCACAAGAUUUCAGUUGUACAUAAUUUUUCAUUUAGGACCAAAGACAGCUGAUAGGAUUUCCAUCUUUACUUUGUUUUGAUUUUAGGUUGUUGUACAGUAAUACAAAAUGUCAAUUUAUUAUUUAUUUUUCUGUGAUGAAAGUAUUCAGAAUAUUCACUGGUCAAAAGUAUUUUCCCCAACAGCAGAACUGUAAGAUCAUUUAAUUAGACGAUUUCUUGUUACAUAGACAAUUCUUUUUGCUUUGUAACCUUUGUAAUAGACUGUACAUAUAUUUUUGGAAAUAUAAUACAAUCUCUA